CCUGAUAUUGCUUUGAACAGAGAAAAACGAUUCUUUUUUAACGUGUAUUUAACGGUGGUGAUUAUCAUUUGUGAUUGAGGCUGCAGAAGUAAGAUUUAAAAAUAGAAACGCUGUGGCACUAUGAACGGUAAUGACACGUGUUCCGUGAAAGUUGCUGUGCGUGUACGGCCAUUAGUUCCGUUCGAGAUAUCCAGGGGGUGUAAAGAAGUCCUGGAAAUAGUUCCGGAAAAUGAACAAAUUUUAGUACGUCCAAUCCACAAGCCUUUUACGUUUAAUUAUGUCUUGGGCGUUGAUUCCACCCAAGUUGAUUUGUACGAGAGAUGCGUGGAGCCGCUUUUACAAAACUUAUUUGAAGGAUUUAAUGUUACCAUUCUUGCAUAUGGUCAAAAUGGAUCUGGAAAAACUCAUUCUAUGGGAACUGCCUACCAAGGAGAGGAUCAUGCGGGGGUUAUACCUAGGGCUGUGAAACAUAUAUUUGAUUAUAUCAAGCAUAAUUUGUCCAUAGAUUUUACUGUUAGUGUGUCGUUUAUUGAGCUUUACAACGAAAGAAUUUUCGAUCUGUUAUCUGAUAAGCCUCGAGACCAAUGUAGAUUAGAAAUUCGCGAAGACGUCAAAGGGAACAUACUUAUAGCGAAAUUAACUGAGACAAUAGUAGAAUCUGCCACUCAACUUUUAGAUAUACUGACGAAGGGUUCCAAUGGACGAGCAACAGCUGCUACGAGCAUGAACUUGCAUAGUUCCAGAAGUCAUGCUAUAUUCACCAUUAACAUUGCUAUGCAGCACAAAUUUGAAAGAAAUCAAAAUAAGAACGCAAAAUUGCACCUAGUUGACCUAGCUGGAUCCGAGCGACCCAAGAAAACUGGAGCAGUUGGCAGUACAUUUAAAGAGGGCGUAAAUAUCAACAAAGGACUUUUUGUGCUGGGAAAUGUUAUCAACUGUCUAGGAAAUAAUAAAUCUCAACAAAGUUUUGUGCCAUAUAGAGACAGUAAUUUAACACGGCUAUUGAAAGACUCUCUUGGGGGUAAUAGUAUGCUCCUGAUGAUUGCAUGUGUUAGCCCUGCGGACUAUAAUUUGGAAGAAACUCUUUCGACCUUGAGAUAUGCUGACAGCGCGCGAAAAAUUAAGAACAAACCAGUGAUAAACCAAGGCCUAAGUCUUCUGCAGUUAGAACGAGUUAAGAGUAAAACCGAAAUGAGAGAGUUAACACGUGUAGAGCAACAAGAUCAGAAAAAGCAAACUGAAAUAACAAAAAUUAAGGUAAUGCAUGCUAAUCAGCAGAAUGUGUUGAAAUGGAAGUUUGAAGAAGCGGCGGCAUUAAAUAAAAGACUUCAACAGACUCUGAUUUUGAGGAAGCAAGUACAAGAUUCUAAAUUUAAUGGAAAACCCGAUAAAAUUGGUCCUUUGCUUAAACAAGAAUUAGAGAUCAUGAUGAACCUGAUAGAGUUAGAGACAACAUUAAGUGGAUUGCUAGAUGAUAGAGCAAUUUUACAACAGCAAUUAGAUGAACUGAUGAAGAAUCCGAAAACUGCCGAGUCGAACGAAACAAAAACGAUUAAAGAUGAUAUUGAAUUAAGAUCUGUGCAAAUUCAAGAUUUACAACUGAAGUUGCUGGAUUUUGAUAAAGAGAAACCAAAAACUAGGUUUGAUAGAAUCCAAUCUAUGGCAGAGGCAAAAUAUGCGCUCAAAUUAUUGUUUGAGCAAGCCGAAGAAUUUUUCAAGAAAUUUGUUCAGUGCAAAAAUAAAUGUAGCGAAUUGAUGGAGAUUAAUAAAGUACUUUCAGAGAAAAAUGAAAGAGACGCCCAUACCUUAAAACUGACUGAAGACAAAUAUAGGGAUAUCCUGUCCAACCAGCAACAGGUGUAUGAAGAAAAGGUGGCGAUAUUAUUGAGGCAACUUAGAGGAAUCGAAAAUGGAAGUCAAAAUGGCGAUUCCGGAUUGUCUCGAUGCCAGACUCAAAGACUCAAAGAAAAACAGAUAGAAGAGCAGCAAAAACUAAUAAAUAAGUUAAAGAAUAAAUUAGAAGAGAAUGAGAAAGCCAAUUUGGAGAAUGUCCCGAUAUCCCAAAAUUCAAGGAAAAGAAACAAAUCGACUGUUGUUGAGAGCAUUGAAGAAGAUGAUAAACUUGCAGAACCUAUAGACGCAUCAGAACCCGAAGAUUCGUUCGGCGACGAUCUUAUUAACGAUCCUGAUUGGCGAAAAACGCCAUUAGGCAAGAGAGUAAUAGCGAAAAAGAAAAAAAUUAUCAAACAAAGUCAGAUUUCGGUACAAGGUCAAAAUGGCGAUUCCGGAUUGUCUCGAUGCCAGACUCAAAAGGAAUUAAUUGAGAAACAAGAAAAACAGAUAGAAGAGCAGCAAAAACUAAUAAAUAAGUUAAAGAAUAAAUUAGAAGAGAAUGAGAAAGCCAAUUUGGAGAAUGUCCCGAUAUCCCAAAAUUCAAGGAAAAGAAACAAAUCGACUGUUGUUGAGAGCAUUGAAGAAGAUGAUAAACUUGCAGAACCUAUAGACGCAUCAGAACCCGAAGAUUCGUUCGGCGACGAUCUUAUUAACGAUCCUGAUUGGCGAAAAACGCCAUUAGGGAAGAGAGUAAUAGCGAAAAAGAAAAAAAUUAUCAAACAAAGUCAGAUUUCGGUACAAGGUCAAAAUGGCGAUUCCGGAUUGUCUCGAUGCCAGACUCAAAAGGAAUUAAUUGAGAAACAAGAAAAACAGAUAGAAGAGCAGCAAAAACUAAUAAAUAAGUUAAAGAAUAAAUUAGAAGAGAAUGAGAAAGCCAAUUUGGAGAAUGUCCCGAUAUCCCAAAAUUCAAGGAAAAGAAACAAAUCGACUGUUGUUGAGAGCAUUGAAGAAGAUGAUAAACUUGCAGAACCUAUAGACGCAUCAGAACCCGAAGAUUCGUUCGGCGACGAUCUUAUUAACGAUCCUGAUUGGCGAAAAACGCCAUUAGGCAAGAGAGUAAUAGCGAAAAAGAAAAAAAUUAUCAAACAAAGUCAGAUUUCGGUACAAGAUUUACGCAGGGGACGGACACGUUUGUUGAACGAUGGAUGCACUUGCAAAACAAAAUGUAACAGUGUCAGAUGCGGCUGUAGAAAAGCGAAUAAAAUAUGCAUGGGCACUUGCAAAUGCGAUGCAUCCGUAUGCGAAAAUAGGACGUCUUCGUCCACUAAUGCUGAAGUGGAUUAAGAUGCUUCCGAGUUGAUCCAUGAUUUUAAGAGGCCUAGGGUGGAUGAAGAAAUGGAAAGUCAAAUUGCUAGGCGGUGUCAAGAGCCCAAAAAACUAUUUAUCCCACAAUGAUUUUAACUAUGUGACGUAAAUAUUUUUACUUAUAUGACUUAUUUUUACUUUUAUUUUUACUUAUAUAUAAAUAUAUCUUCAGAGUGGACAAAGAAAUGAAAAGCCAAAUUGGUAUGCGACGUUAAGUUUUUUCCUUACGUUGUGGAUAUUUAUAUAUAAGAAUCUGUCUUACAAAAAACUAUUCGUCCUACAAUUAUCUUGAAUCUGUGAUUGUUAGUUUAGUCUUAAUUUUAAGUGUGAUUAUCAUGUCCCAUUUUUAAGUUAUGAAUAAUCUCUGUGAGAAAAAUUAUUCAUCAUACAAAUAUUUUACAUAUGCGACUGUUAGUAUGUUCGUUUAAUUUUCGUUAUUUUUACGUUAUAUUGUGCAUAUUUAUAAUCUGUAUUACAAAAAA